GUGUGUGGUUGACUUCAAGAAAGAUGCCAUUACAAAUAGUCUUCCUGUUUUAGACCAUCUGUUAAUUAUUUUGCAAGGCAUUGCUUUAGGUCAUGUCAAUUAGGUACUCUCCUAGAUGCCAGGAUAGAGAUUGACAUGAAAUUAUUUUGCUACAUUUCUCAUGUAGUUGACUUCCACUUAACUGUUAAUCUGUGUGAUUAUAUAGACAUGUAAGAUGGUUUUGUUUUGUGAUGCUAUGAGCUAGUACUCUAUGAUUUAAUAUUUGUUUAGGCACUAAACUUGAUUCCAUUGUCCCCCACUCAUUUACCUGCAAGUGUCAAAUUAAGGAGACAUUAAUCAAGUAUGAGAAAACUGUUAGAUUUCAUGUCUGUUAUAUGUUUCUUCUCCUUGAAAGCAUCACAUUAUUACUCACAGUACUGAGUUUUGUUUGUUCUUGCAGGUUGAGCAACAACAAGGCAAAAAAAAUUCUAGGCCACCAACCUUUCCUAUUGGAAUGCCAGUCCCAGCUUCAAGUGGAAAUUCUACAAACACUCCACCACCCAGUAUUGCUCUGCAACUUCAACAACAACAACAACAACAAUAACUCAUUCAUCUUUGUAAAAUACAGAGUCUAGAAGGGAUUGCUCAUGAAUGGAAUGGAAUAGAAUCCAAGAAAGCAAAUUAAAAGUGAAAAGGUGGCGUCAUACUCAUGUCAUCUCCAAACAAAGGUUAUCAACUUCAUGGCAGAAGACAACACCAAUUUACCACCCGGUUUCCGGUUCUUCCCCUCCGACGAAGAGCUCGUCGUCCAUUUCCUUUACUGCAAGGCUGCUCAUCUCCCCUGCCAACCAGACAUCAUCCCCACCCUUGACCUUUACCACUGUGAUCCAUGGGAACUCAAUGGAAAAGCUCUCAAAGGUGACAACAAAUGGUACUUCUUCACAAGAAGAACCGACCACAGACACUCCGGCGACGGUUACUGGAUGCCGGUAGGCGACGAUGAACUCAUAAGAAGCCAAAAUACAAAUGCUGGCAUCAAGAAAACUCUUGUAUACUACAUGGGAGAAUCUCCUGCAGGUAUCAAAACCAAUUGGUUAAUGCAUGAAUACCAUCUUUUAGACACUUUUGCUUGCACCAGCAGCAGCAGCAGCAGUAGCACAUCAAGAAGGUCUUCAAAGAAGAGAUCAUCACAACCAAGAUUAGAUACAAAUAAAUGGGUGAUUUGCCGGGUUUUCGACAAGAGUUCGGGGUCUCAAACAAGCAUAUAUGAUGAAGGAAUGGAGCUCUCAUGCCUUGAUGAAGUUUUCUUAUCCUUGGAUGAUUAUGAUGAAGUUAGUUUGCCAAACUAAAAGAAUAAAAAGCUUCCUCCUUGUAUAUAUAUAUAUAUAUAUAUAUAUAUAUAUAUAUAUAUAUAUAUGUAUUUAUAUAGUGGUGUUUUCUUGUACUCUAUAAUGGCUUCAUGUUAAUUAAAGCUUAAGCAUAUGAGUUAAUGGUUU